AUGUCAGCCGCCGAUUAUGUCUAUGAGCACUGGAAGGACAACUCCUUCUUUGGCUACCAGUUUCUGAACGGAGUAAAUCCGAUGAUGAUCCGUCGCUGCAAAACUUUGCCUAGGAACUUUCCUGUCACUGAUGACAUGGUCUUCAAGAACCAGAACCAGAAACUGACCAAGGAGAUGGAGAAAGGCAACAUCUUUUUGUGUGACUACAAGAUCUUGGAUGGAGUGAAGCCAAACAACAUAAAAGGGAAGGAUCAGUACCUGGUGGCUCCUCUUGUUCUGCUGCACAAAACUUCUGAUGACAAACUGAUGCCCAUUGCAAUUCAGCUGAAGCAGUCUCCAGGAAAGGACAAUCCCAUCUUCCUCCCAUCUGACACAGAGUGGGACUGGCUGCUGGCAAAAACCUUUGUGAGAAAUGCAGAUUUUAACGUGCAUGAACUUAGUUCCCACCUGCUGCGCACCCACCUGCUGCCUGAGGUGUUCGCAGUGGCUCUACUGCGCAACAUACCCAUGAUGCAUCCUCUCCACAAGCUUCUCAUGCCUCAUGUUCGCUACACUAUGAUGAUAAAUGUCCUGGCUCUGAUCUCUGAUGACGGUGUUUUCAAAAAGACUGUGUCUCCUCCCUGGUUCACAUCGUCUGGCGGUGAAGGCAUGUUCACCAUUUUGCAAAGAGCGCUGACCUCUGUGACCUACAGAUCCCUCUGUCUGCCAGACGACAUCUCUGACCGUGGGCUGGAACUUCUGCCCAACUUCUACUACAGAGAUGAUGGUCUGGAUCUGUGGAACAUCAUCUACAGCUUUGUGAAGGGAACCCUCCAGUACUACUACAACAAGGAUGAGAUGGUCCAGGAAGACGAGGCUGUACAGCAGUGGCUCUGUGAAAUAAAUUCAAAGGGGUUCCCUAAUCAGAAAAACACAGGUAUUCCAGAAAGUUUCAAAACUGUAGACGAGCUGGUGAAGUUUGUCACCAUGGUGAUCUUCACCUGCUCAGCCCAGCAUUCGGCUGUGAACAGCGGACAGUACGACUUUAUUGGCUGGAUGCCCAACACCCCGGUGUCCCUGGAGCGCCCACCGCCUUCCAGAAAGGGGGAAGCUACAGAGGAAACGCUGCUGCACACAUUUCCUGCUAUGGACACGACCGUGCAGGGCAUGGCAACAGUUUGGCUGCUCAGCCAGCCGUCCACUGACGCGGAGUAUCUUGGGAACUACCCAGAGCAGCGCUUCACUGAAGAUGUUCCCCUCGAGAACAUAAAGGUCUUCAAAGAGCAGCUUGAAAAGCUGAGUCUUAAAAUCUGCCAGAGAAACGAAGGUCUUGAUCUGCCUUACACGUACCUGGACCCGAAGAAUGUGGAGAACAGCGUGAGCCUUUAG